CUGUACAUACAAAAGCAAAGGAACCGCCUGAUGGUUCACUCCGGCUAAAGGCAGACACGUUGGCUGGCCAGCCAGCACUGAGCACAUAUUAUUCAAUCUUCCGACACCUACUCGGACUCCGCACUGAUGCAGCAAAUGCCCAUUUUUCGUUCUCGAGUGUGCACCCUCUUUACCUCACUGCAAAACUCUCGUUCGUAUGCGUCCAAAAGUGCCAAUCCCUAUCCCUAUCCAACACAAACAAACCCUCAGCCACACCAGAUCUUCCAUUUGCCGCGAGGUGCAAACCAGGAGGAUGUGAAACGGAGAUAUUAUGAACUUGUCCGAAUUUACCACCCGGACUCGGCUGUCGCUCGUCAUUAUCCCCCCGAGGAGUCGCAGGCACGAUUUCAAGCUAUUUCUAGAGCGUACGACAUGCUUCGAGGAAAAGCAUCUUCCUCUGGCGAACCGGUCGAAGCUACUCACCAAGUAGAUCCGAUACGAUGGUCGGCUAGGGUGCGCCGUCCUCAUUUCGACGAUACGGCUAGUGAUGAGCGGUGGAAAGAGAGAGUGAUCAUGGGUGCUGUAUUGCUGACUCUAGCUGCAUUUGUCGCACAGACUAGUUGGACUCGCCAGCAGGCUAUUGCAGAAAUGACAAGUCAUAGACGACCAUCCUAUCAAAGUAAAAAGUCAGGGAAUGAAGAUGGCGCUCUUACUGCAGACCAUGAAGAUUGAUGACCAGAAGGCGGCCUUAAAUGCAGCCAGGGAGGUCACGAUCUUCGCGGCAGGCAUUAACUAUUGCACCAACCUCCGUUUCACCACUCCUCUGAUCGAUGGCCAUUGACAUGGUGUACGACGGGUGCCUCCUGCGCACAUGUACUUAUUGGUUCUCGACAGUCUAUGCGUCGUGCCCAGUUGUACGACUUGUAACCAGUCUGUCAACCCCGUUCAAACGUACAAGGACAGGGCAGGGUAGUACAUUUGUUCCUUGGUGCCCACUAC